GGCAACCGGGCAAGAAAAACUAACUAAAACCUCUAUAGAAAAACCCAAGGAAGCGGCAAGCCUCCAGCUACCGUGGUUCGGGCUGCUUCGUUUUCUUUCAUAGAUUUUCGCUGAGAGUUCUAUCUGAAGAAUCUGAAUCGGAAAGCCAUAACAAUUGUUGCUGGUUGAAGUAGCAGAAAUCAGACAUGGCGGAUGUGGCAGUGAUGACAGAGAUUGAGGCGACGGCGUCCCGUCUCGGCGUCGAUCUCUCCACCAUCGAUCUCGACUCUAUUCGCCUCCCUCCCGGCGAUGACUUGGGCAUAGUAAGUGAUGAUGAAGAUAUUUACCACGAGGACAGUCAGGAGUUUGAUAAUGGAUUUGGCAACAUUAUAGUUGUGGACAACCUUCCUGUAGUUCCUCGGGAGAAGUUUGAGAAGCUUGAAGGCGUGAUACGAAAGAUCUAUAGCCAGAUUGGCGUGAUAAAGGAAGAUGGUCUGUGGAUGCCUGUUGAUCCAGAUACGGAUAAAACUUUGGGUUAUUGCUUUAUUGAGUAUAAUACGCCUCAGGAAGCAGAGCUUGCUAAGGAGAAGACGCAUGGAUACAAGUUGGAUCGCUCCCAUAUCUUUUCUGUGAAUAUGUUUGAUGACUUCGAGAGGUUCUUGAAAGUUCCAGAUGAAUGGGCUCCCCCUGAAACUAAGCCAUACACACCAGGGGAAAAUCUUCAGCAGUGGCUGACUGAUUCCAAAGCGCGUGAUCAGUUUGUAAUUCGCUCAGGCUCAGAUACGGAGGUGUUGUGGAAUGAUGCCAGGCAUUUGAAGCCUGAUCCUGUUUAUAAGCGAGCCUUUUGGACUGAAAGCUUUGUGCAAUGGUCUCCAUUGGGAACAUACUUGGCAACAGUUCACAGACAAGGAGCGGCAGUUUGGGGAGGUGCAAUAACAUUCAACCGUCUCAUGCGUUAUGCUCAUCCCCAGGUUAAACUUAUUGAUUUUUCACCUGGUGAGAAGUAUUUGGUGACCUAUAGCAGCCACGAACCUAGCAAUCCUCGAGAUGCAAAUAGGGUAGUCAUAAAUAUAUUUGAUGUGAGGACUGGAAAAGUAAUGAGAGAUUUUAAGGGAAGUGCAGAUGAUUUUGCAGCUGGAGGUGCUGGGGGUGUCACUGGGGUCUCAUGGCCCAUAUUCAGAUGGGGCGGAGGAAAGGAUGACAAGUAUUUUGCAAGACUGGGAAAAAAUAUGAUCUCUGUCUAUGAGACAGAGACAUUUUCCCUCAUUGACAAAAAGUCCUUGAAGGUUGAAAAUGUAAUGGAUUUCAGCUGGUCACCAACGGAUCCAAUCCUUGCACUUUUUGUUCCAGAGUUGGGUGGUGGGAACCAGCCUGCUAGGGUGAGUUUGGUUCAAAUUCCCAGCAAAGAGGAACUUAGGCAGAAGAAUCUUUUUAGUGUAAGUGAUUGCAAUAUGUACUGGCAAAGCAAUGGGGACUACCUGGCAGUUAAGGUUGAUCGAUAUACAAAAACCAAGAAAAGCACGUACACAGGCUUUGAACUCUUCCGUAUAAAAGAACGAGACAUACCUAUUGAAGUUUUGGAGCUUGAGAAUAAAAAUGACAAGAUCAUUGCCUUUGCCUGGGAGCCAAAAGGCCAUAGGUUUGCUGUUAUUCAUGGUGAUAAUCCAAGGCCUGAUAUUAGUUUUUACUCUAUGCGAACUGCUCAGCAUACGGGCCGGGUUUCAAAGCUCACAACUCUCAAAGGAAAGCAGGCGAAUGCUCUUUUCUGGUCACCUGCUGGUCAUUACAUAAUACUUGCAGGAUUAAAGGGCUUUAAUGGACAGCUUGAAUUCUAUAAUGUGGAUGAGCUUGAAACCAUGGCAACAGCGGAGCAUUUUAUGGCUACAGAUAUUGAAUGGGAUCCUACUGGAAGGUAUGUUGCAACUUCGGUCACCUCUGUUCAUGAAAUGGAAAAUGGUUUCAAUAUAUGGUCUUUUCAUGGCAAACUCCUCUACCGGAUACUCAAGGAUCAUUUCUUUCAGUUCUUGUGGCGGCCAGCCACCAUCUUCUUGAGUCCUGAGAAAGAGGAAGAGAUAGCCAAGAACUUGAAGAAGUAUAGCAAGAAGUACGAGGCAGAAGACCAGGAUGUAUCAAUGCUGUUAAGUGAGCAGGACCGUGAGAAGCGGAGAAUGCUGAAAGAAGAGUGGGACAAAUGGGUUAAUGAAUGGAAAAGAUUGAAUGAAGAAGAGAAGUUAGAGAGACAGAAACUUAGGGAUGGAGAAGCUAGUGAUGAAGAGGAAGAGUACGAGGCCAAGGAAGUUGAAAUUGAAGAAGUAGUUGAUGUCUCAGAGGAGGUCCCAUUCGACUACGGUGAACAGUAAAAUGAAUGUACGCUAGUACGUUCCCAAUUCCUCAAAGUUUCAAAACUUAAUAUUCAUUUUUAGUGUCUGUAGAAUCUCCUCCACUACCAAAAGCAGCGAGCUCUAUUUUUUGUUUUUUUGUUUUAAAUUUUAAGAAGACUGAUGUUUGUAAGUUUAUGACUCCCAUGGAAACCGUAUUCUUACUUUCAUUAGAAGACCCGUUGCCGGACGCUUGAGUUCAUUCAGUUGGCCGGCUUUAAGUUGCGGGCAA